AUGCGCACCCUAAUGUCAAUUUCACUGCUCUUUGGCAUUAGCCAUGCCCUGAACAACGCCUAUCUGCCACCCCAGGAGCGCCCUUUGUCCACGGAAUACUUCACCUAUGCAGCUCCGCCGGAUGAGGAUCAGUCAGCGCCCUGGCAGGCAGCUCGGCAGCUGGCCAAGGCACUGUCGCCACCACAGCAGGUCGUCUUCAUUCGCACACCGGAGACGAAUCUCUUCACGCUGACGGCCAAGCAGCUGGCAUCACAGAAUCCACUGGACAUUUAUGUGCUGCAGCGGCAGGCGGAUACCGCAGCCUUGGCCCAACAGCAGGCGGACAUCCAGCGGCAGGCGGAGCACAGGCCGUCGGUGCACUUUGUCAAGUAUCGAACGCCUGCGGAUGUCACACGGGCACUGGCAAGCCUGAGGAACGGCUACGAUCGGCUGCCCGGCAACAGUAUUAGCCAUGCCAUCGAGACUGCCGAUGUCUUCGAGGUGAAGCAGCAACAAACUGCACGGCAGUCGGUUCCACAGUUCAUUCAACAGCCUGCCCCGCAGUUCAUCCAACAGCCUGCUCCACAGAUCAGCCAAAAGCCAGAGCCAGUAAUUUUCAAGAUCCUGCCGAAAGGUGGCUCCGACUAUGAAGUGCACGAGGAGGCCACAGAACUGGAGAUGGCACGGCUGCAGGCGCUGUUCCGGGCAUACCUGCCGCCAGGAAGGUACUCAAGCUAGGACAUGACUAGAAAAGAGCC